UUCAGUUCUCCAGACAACCACCGGGAGGACAGAGUGCACUAACUUCACUACGCUGGGUUUCUGCUUAAUGCGAGUCGCACCGGGACAGAGAGCAGUUAUUCAACCUUUUGCUAUAAUUGUAGUUGGAUAAUCACCAAUACUCGCUACUUUCCUCUUUGAGAAAUAUAUUUUAUUGUAAGGAGUGUCAACACAUUGGCACCUCACAGCUGCUGGUCUGUCAACUCACGGUGUGACGUUAACGGUGGAAAUUAAAGCCCGUCAUGUUCAAUCCACACAUCCAUCAACAGCAGCAGCAGCAGCAACAACAGCAGCAGCAACAGUUUCACCAGCACCUGCGGCAGCUACAACAACUUUUCCAGCAGCAGCCUCCACCUCCGCCGCAGCCGCCUCCUGGGCAUCAUGUCUCCCAUCACCACCACCAGGCACAGCGAGCCAUUCCUGUCGCUCCCCAGACAGCCCCUCCUCCCAGGAUGGUCAACCUGUGCCAGGCAACCCAGACUACCAUCCUUGCCCCCAAUCCCAUGCUGCAGGGGGCCCUGCUGAUGCAGCAGAUGCAGGGUAACAUGCGGGCUUUUGGGAUGGCUGGACAACAGUUCCGUCAGUUCUUCACUGCUAGAUCCAGGUCGUCUCUGCUCGGGCCAGUUCCCAUGGGCAUGGCCAUCAAGUCCCCCAUGAUGGGUUUCCCAGCUGGUCGAUCAUUCCACCCACAUGCUCGCUACUACAACAACAACAACAACAACACCACCACCACCACCACCACCACCACAGCCUCUUCUUCCUCUUCUUCCAUCACUAUUGCAGACUCUGCAGCUCGCCAGCCAGACAGGAAGAGGGACAGUGAGCAGAUGGCAGCAGAGAGCACAGACAACCAACCAGCAGCUAACAGUACCAAUGAAGCCACUGACAAGACUGAAACAGAUGGUGCCAUGGGAGGAAUAGAUGAACCCACGCAGCCCUCUGAGGAGCAACUUGAAGAACCUGUAGUCAAAAAGCAGAGGACAGAGGGGUCAGAGGAACAAUGUGUUGUUGAGACGAUUGCAGAUGCAGAUGGGGAAAUUCUGUCUUCAGAGUGUAACAGCAACACAGACAGCCAGCCUGAAGAUUGCAUCCUUCUGGAGGAAGAAUGCUCCACAGGAAGAUCAGGUGUUGUUGAAGCACUGGAGGAGGGCAAAGCUGCUGAGGUGCGCAGCUGUUUGUCAGCCCCGUCCCCAUCUGCCAGGCCGAGUGAAGAUGACCAGCAGGUUGAUUUACUCUCAGAGGAGAUGCCACAGGGCAAAGAUGACCCUUUGGCUUCACCAGACAACCAGCCGGAAGAAGAGGAUGGUGUAGUGGAGGGCGCCAGCACGUUCUACUGCUACCUCUGCAGCAUUACCUGCCACAACCAGCAAAACUUCAGGAGUCAUAUGAACAGUGUUUCCCACCAGCAGAGGAUGAUGGAGAUUCAACACAUGAGCAAUGCUUGCCUAGUCACCCUGCUGCCACGAGUGCAGGAGUCUCUACAGGACGCAAUCAAAGAUGGAGAGAAGAAAGCCGACUUGAAGCAUUGGUGUGCCACCUGUCACACCCACUUCACCAGUAGCAUCAUGGACCACCGUCGCACCGAGGAGCACAAACUUGCCAUAGCCAUCUCAUCCUGCACAGUCUGUAAGAAACACUUCAGGACCUCCCAGAUUUUUGUGGAGCACUUGCAGUCCCAGGAGCACAGACAGAAAUUAGAGAAGCUCCAGGAGCAGGAGGGCUGCGAGACCUUAGGCAAGCUGACGGCUAUGGACACAGACGGCUUCUCGUUGGAAGAGGUGGAGGGCAGUGAGGUGGAGGAGGGAGAGAAAAGACAGAUAAAUGAACAGGAUGACUGGUCCUCCCUUAAAGAAGUCACUCUAAAGGACAUAGCCAGUGAUGAGCAGUAUGACUCUGACACAGUCUACGGGUCCAGUUUUUUUGUUCCAGUAGCAGGUUUUAUCUGCAGACUGUGCAACAAGUUUUACCACUUUGAAUCGUCUGCCCUACACACCCACUGCAAAUCAAUCAAGCACUUUGAGAACCUCAAGAGGUACAGAGAGUUGCUGAGUCAAAAGAGCGGAGCUGUUGAAUCUUCCAGAGAGUCUCUCCUAGCUGCAGACAGCCUCAGACCCGUAACAGAAACCACUACAGACUGUACGGAUGAAAAUUCCCUUUCUGAUGAGACUGGUUUAGUGACCAACCUGAACUCCAUCCAGCCCAUUAUUACACUCACCCUGCAGACAGAAAACCAGCAACAAGCAGAACCUGACCCAACCUCACAGGACUUGGUCAGCACCUCAGCGACCAGCACUGGCAACACAGACCAAGAGCUCAGCCUCCACAUCAAGAAGGAAGAGCCCACAUCCCAGGUCUCUGUAGUUCUGGAGAGUCCAGCUGAGCUGCCUGCUGGUAGCAGAGAGGAGCCAGACUCGGAGCCAGCAGAUGCUGCUGAGGAUGCAAAUAGAGACGAGGAGAGGGAAGCUCCUGCUGUCCCAGGGAAAAAGAAUGGCACAGGGAAGGCAAAACCCAAACGCAGGUCAGGCAGGGCCACAAACAGACGCUGAGUCACCGAUAGGAUGUGGAAAGAGUGGAAACCUGGCACAAUCGUAACCUUAGGACAGGAUGUGUCAGUAUGUGAAGAGAUUCUUCCAUGAAACCGAGACCAAGACGUAAACAACCCUGCCUCUCUCCAUGUUGGGACUUUCUGAAUUAACCACACACCAACAAAUAGGUAGAAUGAUGGUGAAUCACGGUGGAGCAUGACUUCUUAUGUGAUGCUCUUCCAGGGGGGAAAAUGUAACACCUGUCAGCUGUUGCAUAUAUGUUAAAUCAGUGACGGGUGGCUAAGUAUCUUAAUAUUGGCUACCAGAGAAUGAUGUUCUCGAAUCUCCAGCCUCGCCAUUAGAUUACAGCAAUCAAAAUGAGAUCAUUAUAAGAUGUAAAUGUAGCUCAGAACAAACGCUUUUCCUUCCAUAUUAACAAAUCUGUAAAAACUGCAUUUAUGCUGCCUAAAAUGACCCCUUUUUAAUUUUAAUUAGGAGAAGUUUCUUAUUGGUUACCUACUAGAAAAAGGGUCACCUGAAUACACAUGCUGUGUCCUAAUUCCAUACUUGGUACUUCAAAUCUAAAUGGUGUCAAGAUGAAGUAUGCAUAAAACGUCAGUUGCACUAUUCUGCCACAAGGCGAAAAGGAAAUGGAGGAGCUGUUCACAGAUCAUUUUUGUGAACGCCCCACAUAACUACUGGAUGACUUGCCAUGAAUUUUAGUACAGACACUUGUCCUCAAUGAUGAGGGCUCAUUGUCAGCUUUUGCUAAUUUUCUAGCAAGUUAGAAAUGAUUGUUUAUAACCUACAAGUGAAGACCUUUUCAACAUUGCUAACCAUGUUGUGGCACAUGCUUUUAGCGAGCUGAAAUGUAGAAUCUAACCGGUUUGAGCGGGUGGCAACUUUUGUUUAAAGAGAGGGUAUUUUGGCUUGAGUGUUGAGCAAUGCUGAACCUUGAAUCUCAUCAUAGCUAUGUUCAGGGCUUUUGAUUAUCCUUUAUUUAUUUUUUUGACAUUUUGUGUUCAAGUUGAUGCCGUGUUUGGGGCACAGAAGUUGUCAGCAGCUGUGGCCUUCUCACUGAAAUAGUGCGGGCAAUGGGAAGUUCUUUUGCGCAAUGAAGAGUUCAAAAUGUGUUGGCAUUCAACACAAUCUGUAGGAGCUGAUGUAGUAUUGAACGCAUGUCAACAAAAUCUGUAACAUCUGCACACAGUCAUAUGAAAGAGAAAUUUGAAAGCUUGUCAAUCAAGGCAGAUAUAUGCUGCUUGAAAGUAUGUAAAGUUGUUUUUUUCUUCUUGCUGGGUGUUGUCUUCAGAUGAUCCACACAGACUUUUAGCUCAAAAUUGCAUAAAGAUAAAAGUACUUGCAUUUCAUGGAUUGUGUUGGCAUAACUGAUUUUUAUGCAAAAUCAUGUUUGAUGUCACAUUCCCAUUUAUAUUUGCUAGUUUGCCUACAUAAAAAAAAAAAAUUCCUUUCAUUUCCAUGGAGUUACAAAGCUGUUAGUGGUAGCUAUUUGUUUCCUCCAGUUUACCAUUGCAUUAUUUUAUUUUUAGCUAUACACUGAACAGAUGGAAUCAAUUGAGUUAAUGUAAGGAGGAUAAACCAUGAAGUGUCUGUAGGUAUUUAUUGUAGCAAAUUGUCCUUGUAAACUUUGAACUCUGAUUUUAAGCAGCAGUAGAUUAUCCUAGUUUUAGAUUAUACAAAUGUAUAAUUUUGAUUUCAGCAGUCACGAAGCUUCAUAAUUAGUGUGUUGUUCUGGAAACAUUUCAUCCUAUGUAUUAGAAAAGGAUAUUUUAAACCACAGAAGUGGUUGGAUGACGCAUGUAGCAACUCUUGUAGUUAUGGUGGCGGCUGUCACAUGAUUUGUACGACAUCAUAUUCUAUCUGAAAGAACGAGACACAAAACUGUUUUGAGAAUGGAAGGGAGCAGGAGAUAAAAGGAAGUGUAAAGGAUAAUUUCAAACAAAGCUGUAUGUUUUUAUUUUUAUUUAGCUACUGACUAAAUGAAGGUGAACAAACAGAUGAUGUUUUCUAACUGCUGGAUGUUUUAUGUAUUUUUGGAUUUUUGUUUUCAGUCAUUUUAAUUUAUAUUAAAAUGUCUGACAAUUCCCAGA